UGGAAUCGUAAAAAUCAAUCGAUUUCAGCAAAAUAAGCGAGUUUCUAGCCUUAAAUUCAACUAAAAUCGUAAAUUUUAUGUCCAAACAGAGGAAAUUUUUGUAAAUUUUUGCGUGGAAAUGUAAUUAAAGUCUAAAACAAGCUGUUAAUUUACCUGCCUAGUCAAAGAAAAUGCCCGAAAUCAAGGAAAAUGACGCAAAAAUUCACGCUGAUCGGAGAUUAUCUGCUGCAAAAUUGUGUCAUAGCGAGGAUGAAUCACUGAACUCGUCUUCGUCGUCUUCAGUACGGAAUGUCGUUUCGAGCAAAAAGCCACCGAUUGUGACGAAAAUUGCGUCGCCGCUGCUGAAAAAAGAGUCGACGACGUCGUCGUCGCGUGUCAGAAGUGCGAGCGCGGGUCGCGACAAACGCAGUGAGCUUCAGGCGCGGUACUGGGCUUUCCUGUUUGGCAAUUUGCAACGAGCGAUUGAUGAGUUGUACACGACCGUGGAGUGUUAUGGCUCGAUGUCGUCAUGCAAAGAGGUGAUUUUGGUACUGGAGAACUAUAUAAGGGAUUUUAAGUCGUUGGCAGAGUGGUUUCAAGUGUCGUCGGAAUAUGAAAAUACGCCGUUGCCACAACGACCGCACUCGUUGGCGUGGGAAGUGAGGAAGAGUAAUCCUGUGCCACGCGUCAGAAUCAAAACUCUUGCCAGCCCAAAGUCAAUUUCUGGCAAAUCGAGUCCAAAUUAUUCCGGAAAAAACAGUCCUUGCCCCAUAAUUGAAGAAAAUUCCGUAAACUCACCCAAAAGAACGCCAUCAGAGAGCAAAUUAGCCAUCAUUUCGCACAACAAUGCCUCCAUGCUGCAAGGCUCCAAGGAGUUAAUCCACAUAAAUCACACAACUUUCGAGAAUUUCACGAACGGCGAGAUCGUUUGUCACGACAUGAUCGCCUUGAAAUCAUCCAUCAUCCCCGAAAGCAUCAGUCAAGUGCCCGUCGAGACGCAACAAGUCGUCGAACAGAUAAAUCUCGCCGUCGAUCAAGAAAAUAACAUCUUCAACUGCGUCAUGGAUGUCAUCCGCUUAGACAAAAGCUCGCAAACGGACUUGCCGGAUGGCGAUUUAACGCUCGCCGAGUACUUGGAGAAGUACGACAAGUGUCUCAUCGCUUCAGAAAACCCAAAAAUCGAAGAAAUCCCAAAAACGGAGGAAAAAUUACCUGUCGAAGAGAAGAAAAAACCUCCGGUAACGGCAAAAUACUCAAGUGUUGUGAGCAAAAAUUUACCUUCUCGCGCAGCGACGAUGACAAAUGGCGUUCAUGGCAGAGCUGGGCAUCAAGGCAUCUUGAAAAAAACCGUUGUUGGCAAAAUUAUUCCAAAAACGACGAAUUCUUCCGUUGUUUCGAGUCGUCAAACGCGUUCCGUGAAGCUGCGCGAUAACUUGGGAGCUCCGAAAAACGUGGAAAAUCGAUUGUCGGCACGUUCAAAGACCAUGAUCGAGAUAAAUAGCAACAAAAAUCCCGUAAAUACCCAAAAAUCCCGCGUUAGUGAGUUAAAUCGCCUCUCAAAAUCACGCGAAAGUCUCGGAAGUAGCACUUCCACGCUAAAAGCAAGCACAGAUCGCUUGUUGCAUGGCUCCAGCAAGUCAAGUCUCGUCCGUUCCAGCUUAAAAUCCGAUUCCAAAGCCCAAAGUUCGUCAAGUGAGACCAUAACAGGCAACGAUAGCGGAUGGCAAACCGUCAAAAAUCGCCGUCGCUUCAGCAGUCACUGGGCAAAUCGCUUCAAUCAACCUUCCGGAUACGCGAGUUUACCUUCUCUGGCCCUUUUGAACGAAGAAAAACCUGAAAAAAACGAAGAUGAGAAGCUAAAAAAUGAAAAAUCGGUUACAAAAGAUGUGAAAAGUAAGACUUUGACGGAAGUAAAGAAGAAACCCGUUGCUGUCACGAAGCCAAUUGUGCCCUCAAGCGUCAAAACAUCCUCGGUUCUCGCCAAAACGACGCAAAAACCCAAACCCGAAGCAAUCAAAAGUCAACAAAAGAGCUCAUCGUCCGGCGAAAUCAAGCGAAAAGUGAAUUCGGCGCCGACAACGCGAACGCCCGCGGUUCCCGUCAGCAGCAUCAAGCGUCAAAAGUCGGAUUUGACGGGACUCAAACUGAAAUCGCUACGAAAAGAGUAUCUCCGGAGCGAAAAAUUGCUGAAUUUACAAAAAAACAGCUCAAGUCCGGAAAAAAGAUCGAAAAAUGAGUCGUCAAACGAGUCAAAUAGCCAAACAGAUGAUGAAAAACAAUCGGAAACGAGCACAAGUAAGAUCGACAUGAAAAUCCAAACGGGCAGCGAGAUCCUCAACAAACUUUAUGUCGCUUGUUUGGGCCAAUCUCGCAUCGAUCGCGACAUUUCCAGCUGCGACGACGAACAAGACAUCGAAUCUGACGACGAUCAGAAGAAAAUUCUCGAAGCGAAGCAGGAAAGUUUGGAACGCGAGUUGCGCGAACUGCAAAAUACCGAAAUUGACGUCGAUACAGAGACCGAUGAGACAGAUUGCGAAACUUUGGACCUCAUGACGACCGAUGAUCAGUGCGAUGCGAACGGAAAUGACGAGGAUAUGACGUUGGAGGAUCGCUAUGAAGCCGUUUUGAGUGACAUGUCGUGGGUCGAAAGGCUCGAAACGCUGGCGACACUUCAAGCGAUCCACGCCCGACACCCGGGACGAGCGCAGCAACUGCAUCAAAAGCUGUCAAACCCAUCGCGGUGCCUUUCGUUGACGGAAACACUCAAAAAAUAUCAGGCAAAGCAAGCUCGUGCCUUGGAAAAACGUCAAGCGUUGCAAAAGGACAAAGCGGUGAAGAUCCAAAAUUUGUUGGCGCGCGUCGAGGAGGUGAAAAAUCAAAAGCAGCAGUUAAUUGAUGAGAAACGCAUCCGGAUGGAGAGUCGUUUGAAGCGUGCGGCGGAGAAUAGAACGCAAUAUUUGCGCGAUAAGAUCCGAAAAGCGCAUGAUGAGGAGGAAAAAUUAAAGGAAAUUGCUUUUAUCAAGAGUUUGGAGGCGCAAAAUAAGAGAAUAGAUUUUAUGGAGUCGUGUCGCGAGCAGGAAGGACGACUUCAGGACCUGGAACAGGAACGGAUUAAGCGAAUGGAGGAAAAAGCCGCGAAAGAAGCUGCUGUGGAGAAGCGUCGACAAGAGUUGGAAGCCCAAAGGCAGCAACGUUUGGAAAAAAUGAGCGAAACGCGUCGCGAACGUGAAAAAAGAGUCGGAAAAAUGCAAGCCCAGCGUGAACAGCAGCGUCAACAUGCGGCACGAGCCAAAGCCAAAGACCGCGAAACGCGUCUCCAAGCAUUGCAAGCCCAACAAAUCGCCACGACGGAAGAACUUCAGCGAAAAAUCCUGCAAAAACAGCAGGAAUCAGCGCGGCGCCACGAAGAAAAUAUCGAACACAUUCGUCAACGAGCGCUUGAGAUGACAAUUCCCAUCAGAAGUGGCGAAGAAACGACGCCGCAACCGGGUCAAAGGUCUUCUAUAAGUGGCGAUGGCACGAAACCCGGCACGAAAUAUUGCAGCGACAAGUCCAAGGAGCUCGUAAAGACGGCACGGAAGCGUUUGAAGAAGAUUAAACAACGAAUGGCUCUUGCAGCAGCGGAUUAUCUCGCGGAAAUGCAACCUCUACCGGCUCACGUGAAAAAAGAUUCGCAAGUUCAUAAAUUGCUGAACAUGAUAACCAAAGGCGGCGGUCCGCUUGGCAUCGAAAGACCCCUGGGGCAACUUUUACGACAAAUUUCCAAAGCAGAAAUUGCGGAUUUUCAGUCAAUGUGGUUGCUCGAUGGGCUCGGAACGAUUUCCAACAUCAUCCAAAAGGGCAUGCAAGACAAUUCGGACAUCUCGAAACGGGCGGUGGUUCUUUCGGUGCAACUUUAUCGCAAUUCUUGCUCAUCCUGUCCACAGAUUGCGCGUCAUGCGAUCCUCGGAAAUACAAUUGUGGUGUUGUUUGAUGCACUUUUGACGAGUUUGCAGACCCCUGAGGAAAAAAGUCCCUUGUACCCCGUUGAACUGUCAACUGAACUGAUCUUGGCCUGCACUGUUGCCCUGUCACCCAGCAAUUCCCUGAAGCAAGCCAACCCUAAGGUAUUGGAACGCCUUCCAGAUCUCAUAAGGAGAGAGACGGGCGACUGGAACGAAAAACGAUCGAUAAACGUAAUUCAAUUAAAGCUCUCUCGCAGCGCAUACGAUGUCAAGGAAUUAGAAUUAGGUCUCUUAUCGUCUGGUCGGGCUGCUGUAGAUCAUUAA